AACAAGCUAAGCUACCGACAUAUACACCAUACACCAUUAUACAGAACAUAACGUUGAUACGCUCAUCAUAAGUGAUAUCUUCUCUUUGUGGCUUUCAUUCUGUAACGGAUGAAAGCCACCAAAGGAAGAGAGCCUUAGUUUAAACUAGAAUCCAUCUCUAUUAUUUUUCUUCUUCUUCAAUAAAUGACGCAAAGUCCCGAUGCAGACCGCAAUUUGUCCCUCUCGCUUUCCCUUCUCGUGAUAUCUAGCUGGGGAAGUAAGCUAGUGAUUUGUUGAAUAAGUUACCUCGAGCUGCUGGAGUUAACCCGGACUAAGUAUAAUAAAUACGUAUACAUAAAAAAGUCCGAAGCUGCGAUGAAAAACGAUAGCUUCGACAAGCAGUCGGGUGCCUCGGCACCGUCAAGCUCGUCUAUCCCGAUUCCGAGUAGAGACGCUGUCGAGAUGCCAUCAUCCAAGCUCCAACAUAAAUGGAAUACGAAGAACCUAGGUUUGAGGUUUGGCGCCGACUUCACCAGCGCAGCGAGUGCUGCGUCGAUGGUCGCGCCUCUUAUAGCUGUAAUUGAUAGGUCAAUCAUGGAAAAUGCCUCCGGUCGAAACACCCUUGGCAACAGCCUUAAGUCCUCGUUACGUUCGCUCCUCCUCCGUCCCCAUACAAUGCUCUUCUCCAAACCCGUCGCCCUCAUAUUCAUGCUGUACGGCGGCACCUACUUGACGGCCAAUACACUAGACACGGCUACGUCGACGGUACGCGGGGUGCUCGCCACGCACGUCACGACCGGAACCGCUAAGUUUGCUGCGUCGAGUGCUGCCAAUGUCGGUCUCUGCGUUUACAAGGAUCAAGUUUUCGUAAAGAUGUUUGGACCUGGCGGACCGCCUCGACCUGUACCUCUACCGAGUUAUUUUCUGUUCACGCUGCGCGAUUGCCUUACCAUCUUCGCCUCGUUCAACGUACCCCCGCUACUUGGCCCGGUGUUGAAUGAGCGUAUGGGCGAUACCAUUAAAAACAACGUUAGCGGUACCACUGUUGCGCAGUUUGUAGCUCCGGCCGCUGUGCAGUUAUUCUCAACACCGGUUCACCUACUCGGCUUAGAUAUGUACAACCGGCCUGGGGUGGGUAACAUGGUAUCUUGGCGUAACAGAUGGACGCAAGUGCGUAAGAACUGGGCUAUAAGUACCGUAGCGAGGAUAUGCAGGAUUGUGCCGGCGUUCGGGUUAGGUGGUACGGUAAACACAAAAGUACGAAGGAAUCUCAUGGAAAAACUUGCCUGAUAAUAGCUAUAGGUCUCAUGUUGAAUGGCUACACUUGAUGAACGAUUUGCUUGGGCUUGGCGUUAUAUGGAAAGGGAUGGUUAUGGUUAUAUUUCGGCGGAUACCACAAAACUACACAAAAUAGGUUGGACGGCGGAGAACGGAUGACAGGUUUACGAAACAUACCGAUCGGGUAGACAAGAAACUAGUAUGUUUAGGCUGGGGGGUCUCGGGACUGAUGGCGACGGGCUGGGUUACGAUGUAUUAGUAGAGUUAAUGACAAUCAUGACAUGAUGUACAAUAAAGUUCUAGGCGACGCAUAUCUACAC